GAUUCUUUUGAUAAACCCUAGGCGGAUUCUUUUUCCUCGCUCCUCCUCCUCCUCCUCCUCCAGUGUCUCCCGCUCCUCAUCCGAUUCUUUUACUCUUUCUGCUCUUUCUACUCUGAUUCCUCUUUUGGGUUCAAUCAAUGUCUGAGGGACGCCGAGUGAGCCUAAGACUCCAGACUAUACCACAAGAGAAGAGACCGUAUUAUGGUAGUCCUCCGAAGAGAUCAAUGGAUUCUGCAGAUGAAUUCUGCAAAAAGAAAACUAAAGUUGAUGAUAAGAAAGUAGAAUUUUCUGAAGAUUCCUCGCCCCUUGAGAAUGGUGAGGUAAAGGGUUUGGAUUUAGAAGAAACUGUGGGGAAACGGACUGAAGAUUCUUACUUUUUCGCUGAUCUUCGGGGUUUAAGUACUGUACUGAGACUGAGAGAGACACUCAGGCGGUUCAAUUUGUAUGUCUUAGCUAAGGAAGGAGAUAAUUCGUGCAAGAAACCUCAGAAGAAGGAGGGAGUUAUAUACCUUAAAAAGAAAAUUGGGGAUGUAGAAGGUUUUAAAGUUGGGCAUCGAUUUUCUUCUCGAGCUGAAAUGCUUGAUGUAGGUUUUCAUGGACAGGUGCAGGGUGGAAUUGAUUACAUGGGAAAAUCUUAUGAGAAAUUGGAAGAGUACAAGGGCUAUACAUUCCCACUUGCAGUAUCAGUUGUACUAUCUGGCAAGUAUGAAGAUGAUCUUGAUAAUAUGGAAGAAAUUGUUUACACAGGCCAAGGUGGAAAUGAUUUACUUGGUAAAAAACACCAGGUUGAAGAUCAGGUUCUACUUCGCGGUAAUUUGGCUCUCAAAAAUAGUAUUGAGCAGUCUGUGCCUGUCAGAGUUAUCCGUGGCCAUAAAUGUCGCAAUAGUCCAGUGGGCAAAGUUUACAUUUAUGAUGGCUUGUAUGAGGUUGUUAAUUACUGGUCAGAGAUAGGUAUUUCUGGAUUCAAUGUUUUUAAGUUCAGGAUGAAGCGGCUUGUUGGACAAGAAAAAUUGACGAAUCAUAAUCAGGUUCACUUUAUCCACAAAAAACUUUCUAGAGUUGUCCCAGAAUCACCUAGCUUUGUUUGCAAGGACAUAUCCAAUGGUCAAGAAGCUGUACCCAUUCCUGUUACCAAUUUGUACGACCCUCUUACGGUUCCCGUAGGCUUUCAAUAUAUCAAGUCAAAUCAAAUUGCAGAAAAUGUUAGCCUUCCCCCAGAGGCCCCUGGAUGUAAAUGCAAAGGAAAUUGUACUAAUACAAGAACUUGUUCUUGUGCCCACCUUAAUGGUGGUGACUUUCCAUACGUGAAAGGAAAUGGUGGCAGAUUAAUUGAACCAAAGGAUGUUGUAUUCGAAUGUGGUCCAAAUUGUGGUUGCGGACCUGAAUGUGUCAAUCGCGCAUCUCAGAAGGAGUUAAAAUACCACCUUGAGGUCUAUCGUACUGAAGAAAAAGGGUGGGCUGUUAGAUCAUGGGACUUUAUUCCUUCAGGCUCACCCAUUUGUGAAUAUAUUGGUGUUCUGAGGAAGAGUGAUGAAUUAGAAAAUAUAUCAGAGAAUGACUACAUAUUUGAUAUUGACUGCUGGCAAACAGUUAAAGAGAUUGGGGGAAGAGAGAGGCGCUUAGGCGAUGUGUCUUUUCCUACCAGUAAUCUUCUGCAUGAAGUUGAUGAGAAAAAAUUAGAAAGUGAACCUGAAUCUGAGUUUUGUAUAGAUGCUGGUUCCUUUGGCAAUUUUGCCAGAUUUAUUAACCAUUGCUGUGAGCCUAAUCUCUUUGUUCAAUGUGUUUUGAGUUCUCACCAUGAUAUUAGACUUGCUCGGGUGGUGCUCUUUGCUGCAGAUGAUAUUCCUCCUAUGCAGGAACUCACAUAUGACUAUGGCUAUGCUCUUGAUAGUGUUACUGGCCCCGAUGGUAAAAUAAAACAGCUUCCUUGCCACUGUGGUGCUGCUGAAUGUAGGAAACGUUUAUACUAGGAGGUUGAUGAUUCUGCAUCAUGCCAUAAUAUCACCUGAUUUACACAAUUGUCACGUUCAUCUGGAGAGUUGUACACAGCAACACUAUGCUCUUUUAUAAUUCAUACUGGUAUUUAGGGAGCUUCACAGGAUGUGCUGGUUGGAUUGAGGAGGGUUGUCCUGGUACUUCUGGGGCAGGUAGAAGUACACAACAAAGGAGGAAUUAUGUCUUGUUGAGGGAUAUAUGUUGGUUAAAACUGGAGCAGUCAUGUUGAUUUUCACUGCUUGAUCAUUUUUCCCUUGAAUAAAUGCAUAUAGGCUGGUAAAGAGAAACACAAAGUAAGAAACACAGAUUAACAUUAAUCAGAAAUGUUCUUUUCAGUUUGGACUGGAAAUGACUCAAAUGCCCUUUCAAUCAUUUUUGAAAUGCAAAGUAUUAAGGGCAUUUGAGUCAUUCUCAUUUUGAAUUGACAUUUUUUGUUUUGUCAGACUGGAUUGAAAAGAACAAUUCUCUAAUGUGAAAGAAUCAAAGGGGAAUAUGUUGUUUGAUUCAAAAGGGGGUUUUUGAUCAAUUGGUUGAAGAAUAGUAUCUUCAAAGCCUAUUAGGUGCAUCCGUGCAUGGUAAGAGCCAGGAGCAGCAACCCACAGUCCCACAUAGCUGGUUGACAUCUUCUUAUUUCAUACUCUUGUUGGGGGUGAAUAACUUGAUAUGAGUAGGUGCCCACAAUUCACAGGCUCUUGAUAUCCCUUGCCUUUGCUUUGCCCUAUUGUCAUAAAUAAUGCUAUUCCCA